GAGAAAAGAAAGAGAGCGAGUACUGAAAGACUAGCUGGAGCAGGAGAGAAAGAUAAAGAGGAUGAAGAACAUUGUUUCCAGAGAGCGCAAGAAGGCUUCUAGCUAUAAGAAGCUGCAAAUGCUUCGUUCCAUCACUAACUCCCAUGCGCACCGUAAAACCUCAAUCAUAUUGGAUGCAACAAAAUACAUAGAAGAAAUGAAGCAAAGGGUUGAAAGAAUUAAUCAAGACAUUGCUAUGGCACAAAACUCAACUUGCCAGAACAGCUAUCCUGUGCAACUAAGGGUUGAAGUUCAGGACCAGGGUUUUCUAAUUAAGGUGUUCAGCCAAAGAUGUUGUCGAGGUUUGCUUGUAUUCAUAUUGGAAGCCUUUGAAGAGCUGGUUCUUGAUGUCCUCCAAGCUAGGGUUUCCUGCUCAGAAUGUUUUCUUUUGGAGGCAGUUGCCGUGAAAGAUGACCAAGGAUCAGAGUGCUUAGAUGCUCAAGAUGUUAAACGAGCAGUAUCACAAGCUAUCCAAAACUGGAGUACUCAAGUUAACGAGCAACAAUGAUGAAGGCAACGCUUAU